AUGACAAAGAUUCUUUUAUUUUACUUGUUUCUUUAAAGUGGAUAUUCUAUCGGGCGUCUGAACCGGGUGUUUUUCGUUGGCGGCAAGUACCUAAAAAAUGGUCAAAAUGGUAAACGCGGCAUUUUCGCAUUAUUGGGGGUAGAGAAUUCCUAUUAUUCAUGUUAGAUAAUACCUCUAUAGAGAGUUUGGCAUAGUAAUUUCUACUAUUUUCCGCGUUUCUUCAUAAAUUCUAUGUCAGACGCAUUAUUGUGACUCGGCUCACAUCUCUCCAUCUGGCAAGCCCCACGUUGGAGGAGAAAAUUCACAUUCGCACCACGCGCACUCGGCUGGAGGUUUUCCUCAUUUUUCCCGCGCUAUCAAUAUUGUGAUAAAAGUGCCCUAAUCCAGGCCGUUACAUCACCAAUCUUCUCGCUGUCUUUGCUGACACUCCGUGAUUCGUGAUGAUCAACCACUCCAGGCUGCUCGGAAGAUGCCUCAGACUCCGCUGGACGGGGCUGGGGACGCGCAGUGUCCACAUAGGGGAGGCGAAUGUAAUAGGAACACCGGUUAAUGCCACAUCUGCUGAGUAUCAGGAAAACUUCUCCAGCAUGAAUCAACUUGUGGAUGAGCUCAAGAAGAACACAGCGUCUGCUCUUACUGGAGGCGGAGAUACGGCUGUUGAGAGACACACGUCGAAAGGGAAGCUCUUAGCGCGACAAAGGAUAGAUUUGCUGCUGGACAAAGGUUCUCCCUUUCUGGAACUCAGCACUUUGGCCGGGCAUGAGUUGUAUGAGAAGGAAGUGGUGAAUUGCGGUGGAAUUGUGACAGGAAUUGGCAGGAUUCAGGGCAGAGAGUGCAUGAUUGUGGCCAACGAUGCGACUGUGAAGGGAGGAACUUACUAUCCGGUGACGGUGAAGAAGCACUUGAGGGCGCAGGAGAUCGCUCAAGAGAACAGACUGCCUUGUGUGUACCUUGUGGACUCUGGAGGCGCCAAUCUUCCUCGUCAGGCGGAGGUCUUUCCCGAUAAAAUGCAUUUUGGAAGAAUUUUCUAUAAUCAGGCGAACAUGUCGGCUCUAGGGAUUUCGCAAGUUGCGGUUGUGAUGGGCAGUUGUACAGCUGGAGGAGCGUAUGUGCCCGCCAUGGCGGAUGAGAGUAUCAUUGUGAGAAGACAGGGAACGAUCUUCCUGGCUGGUCCUCCACUUGUGAAAGCCGCAACGGGCGAAGUUGUGUCGGCUGAAGAUUUAGGAGGAGCCGAUCUGCACUGCAAAACCUCUGGAGUGACUGAUCACUACGCCACAGAUGAUCAGCACGCUCUCUAUCUGGCCAGGCAAGUGAUUGGAAAUCUCAAUCACGCCUCAUCGAAUGCCUACAACGACAACUUGAGCCUUUCGUCAACGGUUUCCGUGUCAGGAGGUCCCUCUCAACACUCCGGAGGUGUUAUUGAGCCCCCCAAGUUUGAUUCCAAGGAGAUUUAUGGAAUUGUGGGAUCAAAUCUCACCAAGACCUUCGAUAUCCGUGAGGUCAUCGCGAGAGUUUUCGACGGAAGUCGCUUCACGGAGUUCAAGAAGAUGUACGGCGAGACACUGGUGUGUGGCUACGCGAGACUUUAUGGGAAUCUUGUGGGUGUGAUCGGGAAUAACGGUGUGUUGUUCUCAGAGAGCGCCCUCAAAGGUGCCCAUUUCAUCCAGUUGUGCGCACAGAGACGCAUCCCGCUGAUCUUCCUGCAGAACAUCACGGGAUUUAUGGUGGGACGCGACGCCGAAGCCCAUGGAAUUGCCAAGAAUGGAGCCAAGAUGGUCACGGCUGUGGCAUGUGCCAAUGUGCCGAAGAUCACUCUCUUGGUUGGAGGAUCUUACGGAGCUGGAAACUAUGGCAUGUGUGGCAGAGCUUACUCUCCACGCUUCCUUUACAUGUGGCCGAACUCCAGGAUCUCCGUGAUGGGUGGCUCCCAGGCGGCCGGAGUGCUGGCGCAGAUCACUGAGGAGCAGCACAAGCGCAGCGGAAAGUCCUGGACAGAGGAGCAAGCUGAGAAGCUGAAGCGCCCCAUCAUUGAGCGUUUUGAGCACGAGGGAUCUCCCUAUUUCAGCACUGCUCGGCUCUGGGACGACGGAAUUGUUGAUCCGGCAGAUACAAGGCGAGUUCUGGGUUUAAGCUUGAGUGCUGCACUCAACAAUCCUGGCGACGCCACGCGAUUUGGAGUGUUCAGAAUGUAGAACAACGGCCGGAAAGCCCAGUUCUGUGAUGCCAAAGUGUAAACUAUUGCAUUUAUACAGCAUUUACGUGCCAAUUAAAGAGAUUUUAUCUA